AUGAUGAUGGGCCUGGGUCCCCUGUUGCUGAUCUUCAUGCUGAGUCUGGGUCAGACCCCACUGACCCUGGCUCAGAAUGACAGCAGGUACAGACACUUUGUGGCUCAGCACCAUGAUGCCAAUUCAAAUGGCCACAAUGGCAGCUACUGUGAAACCAUAAUGAGGAGAGGAGGCCCAACUUUACUCUGCAAAGACACCAGUCACAACAUCAAGGUCAUCUGUGAAGAUGAGAAUGGAAUGCCUUACAGAAAAAAAAUCAGAAUAAGCAGGUUUCCUUUCCAUGUCCUACUUGCAGGCAUAAAGAGGGACCCCUGGCCUCCCCGCCAGUACAGAGCCACAUCAGGUUCCAGAGACAUAGUUGUUGCUUAUGAACAUGGCUUGCCCUUUGAUGAGUCCUUGCACUGUCCGUAA